AUGAAUUCCCUGGUGGUGGAGGAGAACGUGCGCGCCGUGGUCACCCUCAACGAAGAGUACGAGACCCGCUUCCUCUGCUGCUCCGCCCAGGAAUGGAAGGCAAUGGGAGUGGAGCAACUGCGUCUCAGCACCGUGGAUCUAACUGGAGUCCCCACCUUGGAAAACCUCCACAAGGGUGUUGAAUUCAUACUGAAACACCGAGCGUGCGGUAACAGUGUUUAUGUGCACUGCAAGGCAGGACGCUCCCGCAGUGCCACCAUGGUGGCAGCAUAUUUAGUUCAACUGCAUCACUGGAGCCCUCAAGAAGCAAUAGAGGCUAUUGCCAAGAUCCGUCCCCACAUCCUCAUUCGGCACAAGCAAGUCCAGGUCCUGGAGACAUUUCACAGGAAUAUCAUUGCUGGGACAACUGCAGAGCGUCAGUAAGAACUAUCAAAAUCUCCGUCUCAGCUGCUUUAAAAAAAACCUUGUGUUUUAAUGAUCUACUGAAGGCUUAAGCGUUGUACUUCUUGACCAUGAAUAAAGUAGUUUUUACAUAAAUUACAGCAAAGGGGAGGUUGGGCUGUUUCAUUAAAGCUUUCUUUCCUUAUGG